CCUCCCUGCAAGUCAAUGUACCAGAGUUUUACUUAAUAUACCUAACGAUUCCAACAACAGAAAAGAUUUAGUGUUAUUGUUAAAAUUAUUUACUGUAACAGUACUGUUCCAAGAAGAGGACAGAAUUUCAUAUAUUGUUUAGUCUAAUUUUCAAAGGAGAGUUUUGUGUGUAUUUUGUAGAAUAACUACAUUUUUCUUGCAAUAUAUAAGAGUUAAUCAAGAUGGAUUUGCCUCCUGAUCAGAAUUACUGUGUUGCUCGACCAGUUUAUUCCAAACCUUCGUUUGAAGAGGACAAUGAAACAAAGGCGAGGGUUCCUAAAACCAUUCGGGAACGAUUUAAAAAAUCAUGCAGCUGUUCAGCCAAAAGGGCCAAGGACAUAACAAAGGGUUUGCUGCCCAUUUUAGACUGGCUACCAAAAUACAAAAUAAAGGAAUGGCUGCCGAAAGACAUCGUCUCAGGAAUCAGUACUGGACUUGUAGCUACUUUACAGGGUUUGGCCUUUGCAUUGCUGGUUUCAGUCCCGCCGGUAUAUGGUCUUUACGCAUCCUUCUUCCAGUUUCUGACAUAUUUUUUCAUGGGAACAUCGAGACAUCUUUCUAUUGGUCCCUUUCCUGUGACCAGUCUGAUGCUUGGCUCAAUAGUCCUGGCCAUGGCUCCAGAUGAGAAUUUCAAGAUUAAGGGGAACAGCACAGGGCUCAAUGGAACAACACUGGAUGUUGCAGCCAUGAAUGAAUAUAGAGUUCUAGUGUCCAACACCGCGACAGUUCUCAUGGGAAUUCUUCUGCUGAUCAUGGGAAUAUUUCAGAUUGGUUUUUUGGUGCGGUACCUUUCAGAUCCGUUGAUUGGAGGAUUCACCACCGCAGCUGCCUUCCAAGUGACUGUAUCGCAAGUCAAGCUGGUGUUGGCUGUACCAACAGGGAACUACAAUGGAGUUCUAUCUAUUAUAUAUACAAUCAUAGACAUAUUUAAAAACAUUGGCAAAACCAACUUUGCAGAUCUGAUUGCAGGAUUGCUGACUCUAAUCAUUGUGAUGUCAGUAAAGGAAGUCAAUGAUCGAUUCAAACAUAAGAUUCCAGUUCCUAUUCCCAUUGAACUGUUUGUGACUAUUGUAGCUACAGGGAUCUCAUAUGGUGUUAAUCUUGAGGCAAAAUAUCAUGCCUCCAUUGUCAAGAACAUCCCAAGAGGGUUUUUACCCCCUCAACCUCCUGAUGUGUCAAUGUUUGCCAACAUGAUAGGCUCGUGUUUCUCUACAGCUGUGGUGGGGUAUGCUGUGGCUGUUUCAGUGGCAAAGGUGUAUGCUACAAAACAUAAUUAUCAAAUUGAUGGCAAUCAGGAGCUUGUUUCCUUUGGUGUCAGCAACAUAUUUGGAGGAUCUUUCUCUGGUUUUUUUGGCUGCACAGCAUUGUCACGAACUGCUGUCCAGGAGAGCACUGGUGGACAGACUGAGAUUGCUGGAUUUAUUUCUGUCUCUAUAGUAUUUAUUGUAAUUGUCGCUCUGGGGAAACUGUUGGAGCCUCUGCAGAAGUCUGUACUGGCAGCCAUCGUCAUUGCCAACCUUAAAGGAAUGUUCAUGCAGGUCGUUGACGUCCCGCGCCUCUGGAGGCAGAACAAGACUGACUCUAUUAUUUGGGUCGUGACGUGUGCUGCAUCCAUAAUUCUGGGUCUUGAUCUCGGGCUGUUGGCAGGUCUUGUCUUUGAGCUCGCCACAGUUGUGAUCAGAACACAGUUCCCCACAUGUGCUGCUCUUGGGAAUGUUCCAGGCACUGACAUUUACAAGAAUAUAAAGGACUACAAGAAUAUUGAAGAACUAUCUGGAAUUAAGAUCUUCAGAUGCAAUGCACCGAUCUACUUUGCCAACAUGGAUUUUUUUAAAGAUCGUCUGAAAGCAAUUGUGGGAUUUGAUGCAGUCAGAGUGUUUAGAAAGAGAAAUAAAGCACUGAAGAUGAUUCAGAAGCUUAUCAAAAAGGGGAAGUUAAGAUCCACAAAGAAUGGCGUGCUAACAGAUCUGGGUGUGGAUAACAAAGCUUUUGAAAGUGAUCCAGAGCAGGAACCAGAAGAGGCAGAAGAUGUUGAAGUGCCCACAAAGGAGAUGGAAAUCCAAGUGGACUGGAACUCUGACCUUCCACUGAAAGUGAUCGUGCCCAAAGUUACCAUUCACAGCCUCAUCAUCGAUUUUGGUGCAGUCUCCUUCCUUGAUGUGGUAUCAGUCAAGGGCUUGAAAUUGAUUGUGAAAGAAUUCAUGCGGAUAGAUGUAAAUGUGUACAUAGCAGGAUAUGAUGAUGAAAUUAUCCAGAAAAUGGAAGCAUGUGGCUUUUUUGAUGACACCAUAAAGAAAGAUAUUCUGUUCCUGACUAUUCAUGACGCUGUCCUCUUCAUUCAGAUGAAAGCUUCGUAUGGCAACGUUCAAGAUCCAAUAUUUGAGAAGAUUUCUCUGAUGAAAGAGUCCAAACAACCUCUUUCAUUUCCUGAAACUGAUGAAUUAGAGGAGCAUCAAGGGGCUAUCUAUAAACUGGCUUCCUAAAUUCACGACGUUGUUUUAUUUGGAAAAUAUAUGGGACCAAUAACCUUCAAAAGAGAAAAAGCAUCUUGAAAAACCUGGAUCAGCUAAGAAGCCUAAAAAAUGACUCCUUCCUGAAAGUUAUUUUAGAAUGAAACUGUGUUUCAUUCUAAAAUAACAGGAUUUGCUUUGUUCAAUAUUUUCCUAAGCAUCCCAUACAGAAUGUCCCGACGAUGGAGUAAUACACAUGGUAUGAUCACUAAGGGCCUGCAUUUAUAGAGUCUUAUAUAGACUAGUUUAGUAGAUGUCUUAUACUCAACAUAAAACCUACAAUUAUAUAUUCUGUUUUCCUCACUUUUAAAUAGUAAAUAUAAAAAUGGUGAGCAAAUAUAUAAAUACAUUAUUAUUUAUUUUGACAUUCAAUAAGGUAUAUAAUUUAUAAGUUGAAUUCAUUGAAGCUGUUUUGUGCCCUGUGAGUUAACCACUGCUGGCUGUGAAUCAAGGCCUGUACAGUGUCAGACUAAGCUUUAAACAGCCUAUGCUACAUAUCAAAAUACUGUACUUAUGAGAAGAGCUGGUGACAGGAAUCCAUACUACUGUUUGUUUCCUUUAGCCAUUCAUUUUACAUGAUUUAUUAGAAGCUUUAUCAGAUCAAGAAGUUUCAAUCCAGGACACAACUGCACAAUGGGAACAGUCAUAGAAUAUCUAGCUUUAAUAAAAGGAAAAGGGUAAAUAAACAGGUUAAUACAGUUGCAAUUUUAAAGAUUUAAAGUUUAAAAUAACAAUAAAGGCACAUAUUUACCGAUGUCUAAUUCUAAUAAACACUGAUUAUCAGUCAACUACCAUAAAAUGCACUUUAAUCAGGGUUGCGUUGUCUCUAUGUUGAACUUUUGCAUAUUGAUUGUAGAGUGGACUCUGGUCAUUUACUAUUAGUACCGUUCAUUUAUACUCUAAUUUCUGUUUUUAACCAAAUUUCUAUCUUGUUGUGAAUUUAUCUUUUGAUUUAAAUGUUUUAAUUAAUUUAUGUUAUUUUGGAAAUAUAGCAAUAGGUUUUAAAUAAAAACAUUGCACUUUAUACCUGAAGUUAUAGCUUUGUGCAACAAUUUUAAUAAAUGUCUCAAAUGUAUUGUGUUUAUUGUACAUCUGAAUCAUGCUGACUUGCUGUGACAUCUUAAGAGCUGCAUUUGUUACAAAUAAACUAGAAAUUGGGA